UCCUCCUCCGGCUGCGCGCUCGCUCGUGGAGGCGAGGGGGGGACCCGCAGGGAGCCCCGGGCCUGCAGCCGUGCUCGCCAUGGCCGACGCCGCCGCCGCCGCUGCUGCAGGGGGCACGGCCCCGGAGGGCGAGCGGGGCAAGAGGCCGCCGCCCGAGGGCGAGCCUGCAGCCCCCGCGGCCGGAGUGCUGGACAAGCUGUUCGGCAAGCGGCUUCUGCAAGCCGGGCGCUACCUGGUGUCCCACAAGGCGUGGAUGAAGACGGUGCCCACGGAGAACUGUGACGUGCUCAUGACGUUCCCAGACACCACCGAUGACCACACGCUGCUCUGGUUGCUGAACCGCGUCCGGGUGGGCAUCCCCGAGCUCAUAGUGCAAGUGCGCCACCACCGCCACACGCGUGCCUACGCCUUCUUCGUCACAGCCACCUAUGAGAGCCUGCUCCGGGGUGCGGACGAGCUGGGGCUGCGCAAAGCCGUGAAGGCCGAGUUCGGUGGCGGCACCCGCGGCUUCUCUUGUGAGGAGGAUUUCAUCUACGAGAAUGUGGAGAGCGAGAUGCAGUUCUUCACCUCCCAGGAGCGGCAGAGCAUCAUCCGCUUCUGGCUGCAGAACCUGCGGGCCAAGCAGGGCGAGGCGCUGCACAACGUGCGCUUCCUGGAAGACCAGCCCAUCAUCCCGGAGCUGGCCGCCCGUGGCGUCAUCCAGCAGGUGUUCCCGGUGCACGAACAGCGUAUCCUGAACCGCCUCAUGAAGUCGUGGGUACAGGCUGUGUGUGAGAACCAGCCUCUAGAUGACAUCUGCGAGUACUUCGGGGUGAAGAUCGCCAUGUACUUUGCCUGGCUGGGCUUCUACACGUCAGCUAUGGUCUACCCGGCCGUCUUCGGCUCUGUCCUCUACACGUUCACCGAGGCGGAUCAGACAAGCCGUGACGUGUCCUGCGUGGUCUUCGCGCUGUUCAACGUCAUCUGGUCCACGCUCUUCCUGGAGGAAUGGAAGCGCCGGGGGGCGGAGCUGGCCUACAAGUGGGGGACGCUGGACUCCCCAGGAGAGGCCAUUGAGGAACCACGGCCACAGUUCAGGGGCGUACGGCGCAUCAACCCUGUGACCCGUGCCGAGGAGUUCUACUACCCUCCCUGGAAACGGCUGCUCUUCCAGCUGCUGGUCAGCCUGCCCCUGUGCCUGGGCUGCCUGGCCUGCGUCUUCCUACUCAUGCUUGCCUGCUUUCAGCUGCAGGAGCUGGUCCUGAGCGUGAAGGGGCUGCCCCGCCUGGCACGCUUCCUCCCCAAGGUCGUGCUGGCCCUGCUGGUCAGCCUGUGUGCCGAGGGCUACAAGAAGCUUGCCAUAUGGCUCAACGACAUGGAGAAUUACCGGCUGGAGAGCGCCUACGAGAAGCAUCUUAUCAUCAAAGUGGUCCUGUUCCAAUUCGUCAACUCCUACUUGAGUCUUUUCUACAUCGGAUUCUACCUCAAGGACAUGGAGCGGCUCAAAGAGAUGCUGGCCACGCUCUUGAUCACUCGCCAGUUCUUACAGAACGUUCGCGAGGUCUUGCAGCCGCACCUGUACCGACGGCUGGGCCGCGGCGAGCUGGGCCUUCGUGCCAUCUGGGAGCUGGCCCGCGCCCUGCUGGGCCUGCUGAGCCUCCGACGCCCUGUGCCCCGCCGCCUGGAACCCCAGGCCGAGGAGGGCAAUGGGAGUCACCGAUGCCUCCGUGGGGGCUGUGGGGCGCCCGAGGAGGAAGAAGAGGCAGCGACGACUGUGGCACGGCGGCCCACAGGGGAGGGUGGGGAGAUGGGGGAUGGGCUGCAGGGAGGCAAAGAGGAAGAUGAGGAGGAGGAGGAAGAAGAAGAAGAGGAGGAGGAGGAAGAGGGCGAGGAAGGUGGCCUGCUGGAUUGCGGGCUCCGACUGAAGAAGGUCAGCUUUGCUGAAAGGGGCGCCGGGCGGCGGCGACCAGGACCAAGCCCGGAAGCCUUCCUGGAGGAGGGCAGCCCCACCAUGGUAGAGAAGGGCCUAGAACCGGGUGUGUUCACCCUGACUGAGGAAGAGGACGACGAGACCGAGGGGGCAGCCGGUAGCCCCGAACGCAGCGAGCCCCCCACCGUCCUGCUGCACCGGGCCGGGGGCGAGGGGCGAGACCAGGGGCCCGAUGGCGGCCCUGACCCCGAGCCCGGCUCCACGGGUGAGUCCGCCGGGAAGCAGAGGCGGCAGAACCGGUCGUCUUGGAUCGACCCACCCGAGGAGGAGCACUCGCCACAGCUGACCCAGGCCGAGCUGGAGAGCUGCAUGAAGAAAUACGAGGACACCUUCCAGGAUUACCAGGAGAUGUUUGUGCAGUUCGGCUACGUGGUCCUCUUCUCGUCCGCCUUCCCCUUGGCCGCGCUCUGCGCGCUCAUCAACAACCUCAUUGAGAUCCGCAGUGACGCCUUCAAGCUGUGCACCGGCCUGCAGCGGCCCUUCGGCCAGCGCGUGGAGAGCAUCGGCCAGUGGCAGAAGGUGAUGGAAGCCAUGGGCGUGCUAGCCAUCAUGGUCAAUUGCUACCUCAUCGGCCAGUGCGGGCAGCUGCAGCGCCUGUUCCCCUGGCUGAGCCCGGAGGCGGCCAUCGUGUCUGUGGUGGUGCUUGAGCACUUUGCUCUACUUCUCAAGUACCUCAUCCACGUGGCUAUCCCGGACAUCCCAGGCUGGGUGGCCGAGGAAAUGGCCAAACUGGAGUACCAGCGGCGGGAGGCCUUCAAGCGACACGAGCGCCAGGCCCAGCACCGCUACCAGCAGCAGCAGCGACGGAGGCGAGAAGAGGAGGAGCGCCAGCGCCACGCGGAGCACCACGCCCGGCGCGAGCGCGAUGCCAGCCGCGACGAGGGGCGCGCGGCUGAGGGCUCCGGGCAGGACCCCGCCGCCCCGGCCUCCUCCUCCGCCGCCUCGUCGUCGUCCUCCUCCUCCUCCGACAAGUCCUCUGCCAAGGCCAAGGGCAGCGGCGCGGGAGAGCGGCCCAAGCGCCCGGGGUCCCUGCUGGCACCCAACAACGUCAUGAAGCUCAAACAAAUCAUACCGCUGCAGGGCAAGUUUCUGUCGUCAUCCGGGACCGCGUCCUCCUCCUCCUCCUCGUCGUCGCUGGCCACCACGGGGGCUGGCACCGCGCCCCGGCCGCCCCCCGCCCAGUCGCCCACCGGAGACACCCGUCUGCCCGCCUUUCUCAGCUUCAAAUUCCUCAAGUCGCCCGAGACCCGACGGGACCCCGAGCGCAGCCACUCGCCGCCCAAGGCCUUCCACGCCGGAAAGCUGUUCCCCUUUGGGGGCGCCCGGGCCGAGGCCGGCUCCAACGGAGCGGCAGGGCAGGUGCGGGCCGACUGCACCCCAGGAGGCGGCGGUGGAAGUGGCCGGGCCCAGCGGAGCGGGCAGGCGGAGGAGGCCGCAGCCGAAGAGCCGGAGGCGCCCCGGGCGGAGGAGGAAGGCUCAGGGACAGCGCCGGCCCCCGCCCUGCGCGCCCGCCGGAGCCCCGCGCCGCCCCGGCCCCCGACGCCGCCCGCCGGCUGCUGGCAGUGGGACGGGCCGUGGGGCUGCGGGGGCGAGGGCACCGCCUCCCGCCCGGCCCCGGCGCCCACCGACUGUCCGCCCUGCGCCCUGGCCGGGCCGCCCGGCGCGCAGCCGCUGCAGGGGGACGCCAGCUUCUACAGCCUCCCUCCGCCGCCGCCACCGUCGCCGCCCGCCUCGGAGCCCCCCGCGACCCCCGCGCCCUCGCCCAGCCCCAGCCCCAGCCCCCAGGCCGUGUGCUGGCCCAGCGGCUGGCAUUAGCUCCUCCCGGCCUCCUCCCAGGGCUCUGUGUGUGUGCAGGGGGGAACCCCCCAUCUGCCGCUUCCCUUUCCACCGAGAGGUGGAGGAGGGGGGAAAAAAGGCAGCCAAUCACCCCUCCCCCCAAAACACACACAAAAUCCAAUAGGAAAACAUUACAAAGAAUAGGCGAUUAUUUAUUUGUUUUUAAUUUAUUUUGUCAUAUUUUUGUAAAGACGGCAGAAAAUGCAAUAAAAAGUAUAUUUCAACAGUGCCUGAGGU